AGAAAACUGAUGAUAGCCUUCUUCUGAUCAUCUGCAUUCUCCGCUUCAAAUCCAGAAGGCUUAAAUACUCAUAUACCCAACAGAUAUCGGUACAUUCGUUCGUGCUCCUUUUCAUCGUCGUCCAUCAUGUCCGAUCCUUACAACCGCAAUCCAUACCCCCCGUAUGACCCCUCGCAGGCUGGAAACAAUCAGUACGGUGGAUAUUAUCAGGGACAACAAAGCCAUGGGCCCCCUCCGCAGGGUCAGUACGGUCAGCCACAACAAUCGUACUAUCCACCCCCCGCUCCCUAUGAGAAUCACCCACAGGCACCAUACUCCGGUCCUCCUCCCCCGUACAACCAGCAGCAGGCCUACGCGCCCUAUGGUGGACCCCAGCAAGGAUAUCCAGACCAGCAGCACGGUUACGGCCAGAACAUGAAUUAUAAGCAUGAUCAAGGCUCUCCGUAUCCGCAGCAGCAGCCCUGCCAAGGCGAAAGUGCUUCCUUUUAUGGCGCCCAGUCGGGAGGUCCUCCACACCAGCAAGGACACAGUCCAGCUCCGGGAACCCAGGAAGGAGAGAAAGGUCUCGGAUCAUCGCUUCUCGGUGCUGCUGGCGGUGGUUUCGUUGGCCAUAAGAUCGGAGGCGGACUGCUGAGCACAGCUGGAGGUGCACUGGCUGGCGCUGCUGGGAUGGGAUUAGCCAGCAAAUUGCACAAAAAGCACAAGAAACACAUGAAGUACAAGAAGGAACACAAACGCAACGCGAGUUCCAGUUCCAGUUCAAGCUCGUCCAGCUCGUCCAGCUCGAGCUCUAGCGACUAAGCGACCGAUCUGAAUCAGGGUCGACACCUUUCUUUGUUCGAUUUAUACAUCGUUAACGAUUGAUGCAGUGCUCGAUUGUCAGCAAGAUGAUUUUUCCCGGUGAUAUGGAAGUUGUUCUGUUGGUCGCAUGGCUUUGUCAGAUUGAUGCUGGUCUGAAUUUCUUCUCUUGUCUCUAUUAUUCGGCAUCGCGUUGUUCAUCCAUAUCAAAUGAGUAUUUUGAAAACCUCUCACACUACCUAUGACAUC